AUAUGCAACAAUCUCAAAGGCUUUAUGCAAUAUUUUCCUUCUUCCCCUGCUUCCAUGGAAUCCCGUAAUUGGGUUCUCUCCAUUUUACUCUUUCUCUUCCUUAACCUCACUUCUUCAACCUCUGCAACUCCCACUCCCUCUCUUUUGGGCCCUGUCAUUUCCAAUACCACACUUCUACACCGCAACUUCACCGCCUUAUCAGAAUUCAGAACCAUAAAUAGACGAUUUUUGAAGGAUUGCUCUGCUUCAAAUCGUUAUCUUCAAGUUAAUGUGAGUCCAAAUUCUAGCUUGUCAGAUGACCAGUUUGUCACAGUCACCGUCACCGGCGUUUCGAAUCCUCAACCCGGUGAUUGGGUCGCAAUGAUAUCACCUUCAAAUUCUGAAGUUAAAUCGUGUCUUCUCAAUGAUUUCUUCUAUCUACAAACUGGUGAUACGGCCAAACUUCCUCUGCUUUGUCAUUACCCUGUCAAGGCACAAUACAUGAAAAACGAUCCAGACUACCUCAAUUGCAGAAAUAAAGAAUGCAAGAAAUACCAGAAUGGGAAAUGCAUUGUCAUAACUUGCGGUGGUUCAAUAAAGUUUCAUGUUAUCAACAUUAGAAGUGACAUUGAGUUUGUGUUCUUCACCGGUGGAUUCGUGGAACCCUGCAUUGUGGGAAAGUCCAAGCCUUUGGGUUUUGCUAAUCCUAAGCGGCCACUCUAUGGACAUCUCUCAAGCAUAGAUUCAACUGGAACUUCAAUGAGAUUGACAUGGGUUAGUGGAGACAGAGAACCUCAGAAAGUCCAAUAUGAAAGUGGAAAAACAGCUACUUCAGCAGUCACUACAUUUUCACAAGAUGAUAUGUGCACUUCAAUUUUGCCAAGUCCUGCCAAGGAUUUCGGAUGGCAUGAUCCAGGAUACAUUCAUUCAGUACUUAUGACAGGACUUAAACCUUCAAGCACCUUCUCCUACAGAUAUGGAAGUGACUCCGUUGGUUGGAGUGAACAAAUCAAGUUUUCAACUCCACCUGCUGGAGGAUCAGGUAAGCUCAGAUUCAUUGCAUAUGGUGAUAUGGGCAAGACUCCUCUUGAUGCUUCAGAAGAACACUACAUUCAGCCAGGAGCUCUUUCAGUUAUUAAAGCAAUAGCCAAUGAAGUGAAUUCUAACAAUGUAAAUUCAGUCUUUCACAUUGGAGACAUAAGCUAUGCCACAGGUUUUCUUGCAGAAUGGGAUUUCUUCCUUUACCUUAUUAAUCCAGUAGCUUCAAGACUUCCUUAUAUGACAACAAUAGGGAACCAUGAAAGGGAUUAUAUAGAUUCCGGUUCAGUGUAUGUCACUCCCGACUCCGGUGGGGAAUGCGGAGUACCUUAUGAAACAUACUUUCCAAUGCCAACUGCAGCAAAGGAUAAGCCUUGGUACUCUAUUGAACAAGCAAGUGUUCAUUUCACAGUAAUAUCAACAGAGCAUGACUGGUCAAAGAAUUCUGAGCAGUAUCAAUGGAUGCAAAAGGACAUGGCAUCAGUUAAUAGACAGAAAACACCUUGGCUAGUCUUCAUGGGACACAGACCAAUGUACACCUCUUACAGUGGAUUUUCUUCUGUUGAUGGCAAUUUUGUUAAAGAUGUGGAGCCAUUACUAUUGGAAAAUAAGGUUGAUUUGGUUCUUUUCGGCCAUGUGCAUAAUUAUGAGAGAACUUGUUCCGUGUAUCAAAAUGAAUGUAAAUCCAUGCCUACAAAAGAUAAAAAUGGAGUAGACACAUAUGAUAACAGUAAUUACACUGCUCCCGUGCAUGCUGUCAUUGGCAUGGCUGGCUUUACCUUAGACCAGUUCUCAAGGAAUGCAAGGAGCUGGAGCCUGAAAAGGAUUUCCGAGUUUGGUUAUUUAAGAGCACAAGCUACUAGAAAAGAGUUAAACUUAGAGUUUGUGAUCUCAGAAACAAGAGCUGUUAACGACAGCUUCCGCAUUAUAAAGUGAGAGCUCACUUAAAAAACAUAUAUAAGUGAAACAUCUAUUAUAGAUAGAAUAGACAGAUAAAUACACACACGUUGUUCGAAGACAAAGGAAACAUAGAGACAAUUGCAGACCAUCAACUUCUCACUCUUUAUAUUGUACAUGGUUUUCUAUUGCAAAUAGAAUUCUCUUUAAACUAUGAACUCAUGCAGCUUGAAAACUUGUAUUCUUGUGUGUUUGGAAACACGUUAGAAAGUUAGAAAGCCUGUAAAUGUGAAUCCAACGAAAAAAAUAUAACUAAUAACUUCGAAGUAAACGUGAAUUUUUGCUAGUUAU